AUGGCACUAAACCUAUUUGAUCAAUUUAUGAGCCCCACAUACCUUGGUAUUCCUCUAAUUGCCAUUGCACUUACUCUUCCAUGAGUCCUAGUACCAACCCCAACUAAUCGUUAUCAAGCCAACCGUCUAGUAUCCCUCCAAAAUUGAUUUAUUAAAACUUUUACAUAUCAACUACUAAUACCGCUAAAUAAAGGAGGACACAAAUGAGCUAUAAUUUUAACCUCACUAAUAAUUUUCAUUCUCACACUUAACAUUUUAGGACUAUUACCAUAUACAUUUACACCAACCACCCAACUAUCAUUAAAUAUAGGCCUAGCUGUACCGCUUUGGUUAGCAACAGUUAUUAUUGGACUACGAAACCAGCCCACAGCAGCGCUAGGACACCUUCUACCAGAAGGCACCCCCGUCCCUUUAAUUCCAAUCCUAAUUAUUAUCGAAACAAUUAGCCUAUUUAUCCGACCUCUAGCACUAGGCGUUCGACUAACAGCAAAUUUAACAGCUGGUCACCUAUUAAUUCAACUAAUCUCAACCGCAACAAUUACACUAGUACCAAUAAUAACAUCAGUAGCAGCAUUAACUGCCAUUUUAUUAGUAUUAUUAACCCUAUUAGAGGUAGCAGUAGCUGUAAUUCAAGCUUACGUCUUUGUUUUAUUAUUAAGCCUAUAUCUACAAGAAAACGUCUAA